AUGGCGACGAUCAAUGAAACGGCGGCGGUGGAGAUUGAAAAUCAACAACCAGAACAGGGAGGAAGAGGAAUAGUGAAGCGGGAAGCCGGUGUUCGUGAAGACAAGAAAUCGCGCAUCUCAUCGUCAUUCAGUAGCCGACCCGGCGCUGCUAACACUCGCAUCGCCGAAUGCCUUAUUGGUGAUGAAACCGGCACCAUUCUCUUCACUGCUCGUAACGAUCAAGUGGACUUGAUGAAGGCUGGAAACUCUGUGAUAAUCCGAAAUGCGAAGAUUGAUAUGUUCAAAGGGUCCAUGAGACUUGCUGUGGAUAAAUGGGGGCGAAUUGAGGUGACUGAGCCUGCAAGUUUUACUGUUAAGGAGGAUAACAACUUGUCUCUGGUGGAGUAUGAGUUGGUGAAUGUUGCUGAAUAAAGAUUUCGGGGGUUUUGGUAUACAAGAACAUGGAGGUCAGUUUAGUCUUUUUCUUGUUGAUAUUAUUUUAACAUGUAAUGGAACUAAGUCUUUAUGGCCUUCAUACUGGUUACUCUGUAAAAAGAUC